UGUGGUUUUUGUGUUUUAGCAGCGAGGUGACUGGUUUGUUGCAGUUCUGCUGAAAUUUAAAAAUCGUCUUUUUUCUACAUUUUCUCUGUUUAAGCUCCUGGAGGUUUGUUUGGUGAUGGGUGUUACUGCAGUCCUGUCAGUGAACAUGGUAACAGCCAUCAUGUUACUGACUGUCUUCUCUCUUUCAGAAGCGUCGGAUGAAUGUCGGACUAAAUGGUCACAUCUCUUCAUCACUACACCAAAGAAGAUGGAAGCACUGAGUGGAACUUGUUUGAAAAUCCCAUGUAGCUUUAGUGUUAAAGAAGAAAAAGAGUUUGACAACACAACAGAAACAUUUGGAAUAUGGUAUAAAGAAGACAAAGAGACCUACGAUCCAAAGAAUGUGGUUUUUAACAGUGAUGGCACAGUGAACAAAUUUCAAAUGAAGAUAACUGGAAACUUGAGAAUGAAAAACUGCACCACUCUGAUUUACAACAUGAAGACGACAUAUGAAGGCGUAUACUACUUCAGAAUCGAGAACGGGCCUUUCAGGGCAAAUGCUCGUUGUGAUCCUCUUCAAAUAACAGUCAAAGAUUCUCCUCCGAGCCCCAAACUAAUCAUCUCAGGAGAUCUGAAGGAGAAGGAGUCUGUCACUAUAACCUGCUCAGCUUCCACUCCCUGUCCACUCUCCCCUCCUAAACUCACCUGGACUCUCAAACAAGACUCUCUCAACAACAUGGAGGAAAACCCAGAUAAAACCUUCACGACUAAAAUCCAGGAGCAGAUCACUCUGACGGACAAACAUGAUGGAUACAACAUCACCUGUUCUGCCACAUAUCCUGUGAAUGAAGGAAAAGAAGUCAAGACAGCAGAGGAGACACAGACUCUCAGAGUUUCAUAUUCUCCUAAAAACACCUCAGCGUCCAUCAGUCCAUCAGGUUUGGUGUCAGCAGGUAUUCAUGUGAACCUGACCUGCUCCAGCAGAGCCAAUCCUCCUAUCAGCAGCUUCACCUGGUUCAAGAUCAGCAGAGAUGGACCCAUGAUCGUAUCUGAAGGAGAGUUUUACAGCUUUCAUGCCACAGAGGGAGGAGUUUAUUACUGUGUGGCCAUUAAUGAUCUCAGUAAUCAGACAUCACCACAGAUCAAUCUGAGUGUUGCAGCUAAAAACUAGAAGUGAAAAAGCUUC